AUGCAGCGCGUGACCAUUCUGCUGUCGGCCGUGGUGGCGUCUGCACUGGCGAAGUGCCCGAACCUGCCCGCGCUCGAAGAGUUCGACUCCACACAGUACACCGGCCUGUGGUACGAGAUCGCGCGGUACCCGCUCAUCGGCGAGCUAGGCGAGACCUGCGCCCAGGCCAACUAUACCCUGCAAGGAGACGGCUCCAUCCGGCUGGAGAACCGGCGCAAACAAGAACAAAAGACCAAAGACGACUCCACGGAAGAGGAGACAGGUCACAAGAAGCAGCAGUCCGCCUCUGAGACCAAGCCGUCCAAGGUGGCGACCGCUGGCAAGAAGAAAGCGCUGUCAUCCGAGGACAAGGCGUCGAAGGAAGCCGCAAAGUCCACCAAGGACUAG